CAACCAAGGGCCUAUCGCGAGAACUCUACAUUGUUUCCCUUCUGAUAGUCUCAGUGGUCGUAGUUGCUUUUGUUCUCGCGAUAUUUCCGGGUGAACGGGAGCCCGGGCGACCCCGGCUUCUGUGAAACAUGGCGGUCGGCUGGGACCGAAACACAAGCAUGACUAUAUGAAAGAAGAAGGUUUUUCUGAAGAUGAGGCGACUGAAUCGGAAAAAAACCUUAAGUUUGGUGAAAGAGUUGGAUGCCUUUCCAAAGGUUCCUGAGAGCUAUGUAGAGACUUCAGCGAGUGGGGGUACAGUUUCUCUAAUAGCAUUUACCACUAUGGCUUUAUUAACCAUAAUGGAAUUCUCAGUAUAUCAAGAUACAUGGAUGAAAUAUGAAUAUGAAGUAGACAAAGAUUUUUCUAGCAAAUUGAGAAUCAACAUAGAUAUUACUGUUGCCAUGAAGUGUCAGUAUGUUGGAGCAGAUGUAUUGGAUUUAGCAGAAACAAUGGUUGCAUCUGCAAAUGGUCUAGUUUAUGAACCAGUCAUAUUUGAUCUUUCACCACAGCAAAAAGAGUGGCAGAGGAUGCUGCAGCUGAUUCAGAGUAGACUGCAAGAAGAACAUUCACUUCAAGAUGUGUUAUUUAAAAGUGCUUUUAAAAGUUCAACAGCACUUCCACCAAGGGAAGAUGAUCCAUCACAGCCUCCAGAUGCUUGCAGAAUUCAUGGUCAUCUGUAUGUCAAUAAAGUAGCAGGGAACUUUCACAUUACUGUGGGCAAGGCAAUUCCACAUCCCCGAGGUCAUGCACAUUUGGCAGCACUUGUCAACCAUGACUCAUACAACUUUUCUCACAGAAUAGAUCAUUUGUCUUUUGGAGAGCUUGUUCCAGGAAUUGUUAAUCCUCUAGACGGAACUGAAAAAAUUGCUGUAGAUCACAACCGGAUGUUCCAGUAUUUCAUUACAGUUGUGCCAACAAAACUACAUACAUAUAAAAUUUCAGCAGAUACCCAUCAGUUUUCUGUGACAGAAAGGGAGCGCGUCGUUAACCAUGCUGCAGGCAGCCACGGAGUCUCUGGGAUAUUUAUGAAAUAUGAUCUCAGUUCUCUUAUGGUGACAGUUACUGAAGAGCAUAUGCCAUUCUGGCAGUUUUUUGUAAGACUCUGUGGUAUUGUCGGAGGAAUCUUUUCAACAACAGGCAUGUUACAUGGAAUUGGAAAAUUUAUAGUUGAGAUAAUUUACUGUCGUUUCAGACUUGGAUCCCACAAACCUAUCAGCUCUGUCCCCUUUGAGGAUGGCCACACAAACAACCACUUACCUCUUUUAGAAAAUAAUACACAUUAGCAUCUCCCAGAUGAAGGAGAAAAACUUUUGCCUGAGAUAUAAACCUUUUUUAAUAAGAAAUUAUUGUGCAAUAUAUUCAAAAGAAAAAAAUAUGAAUAAGAAGCAGGAUUCAUACCUAGGAAAAAAAAAAAAGAAAACCGAAACUGAAAUCCUAUAUAUGUUGUGUCUGUUACAAAUGUCUUAGAAGAAAUUAUGCAGCUAAUCAGUGAAGAAGCCCAGCUGGAAUAUUGCUUUGAAGACGACCCUUCCUGAUAUUUUCAUAGCAAAUGGGCUGUUUUGAAAUCAGACCUUGAAGACCUAAAGGAAAGAAGUCAAACCGCAUCUAAAGAAAAAGGCAUUAAUAGUGCUAAUGUCUGCGUCCUUUUGUUUUUAAAAUACCGUGUCAGAAUAAAAUAUGUGAAACAUAUGGAAAACUAGUCUAGACUUUAAAAAGUUGUGAUCAGGUCACAUUGUUAAUAGAGGCAAACAGGGAUGGGCUCACGUGCUGUAGCCAUAUUAAUGUUAAGCCAUAAUGACAAGACCGUUUAUUCCAGUAACUUGGUUUUAUGAAGGUAAACUGCUUUUCUUUAAACUUUGGCUAUUGGCUUUGUUAACUUUUCAAGGCAGGGUCAUGGAAGACUGAGGUGAAUUCUUAGAGGGGCAGGUAUAUAGGUGCUAUAUUAUGUAACAGAAAUCAUUCACAAAUUGUAUAGUGGGCACUUAUAUGGGGAGAAGAAAGCACAUUUUUUUAAAACCUGCUAAAUUUCCUAAUAUGAUCCUUGUAUUGUUGGUAUAUUUUAGAGUGGGGGGUGAGUAAUAAAAGGAUCCACUACUGAUGAUGAAAAUUAUCAGUCUGUAAAAUAUUAAGAGGAAAAGGUAGAAUAUUUUAUACAUUUUGUGGUGAGCAGGCAACAGGUAACUUUAAGUAAAGUAGAAGUGUGAGACAACUAUUUAAGGAAAACAAGAUGUCAUUGGAGAUGAUCAUAUUAAACGAUGUCCAUUACACUGUAAAUGAUGGGAGAAGUGUCAGCAUUCAGACUGUCCUGAAUGUGGUCGACUGUGUAUUAGAUUGUGUUGUUCUGGCUUUCGUACUAUUUAAGGCUUGAUUUAAAAUUUUCAGACUAUAAAAGAUUAAAAAUAAUAAGGGAGAUAUCACUCAGGUGCCAUUAAAAACUUCUUUGGAA